AGUUUAUUUUGAAAGAUUGACCGGAUGUCCCUUCUCUAAAUGCGUCCGUCUUGACCCCGACGGUACCAAGUGUCCCAGUGAGCCAAUCUGUACCGGAGAAUAGGAGGAGCGGCCCGGCGGACAGUACGGUAGCCUUCUGGCUCGGAUAGUCGGAUAGUCGGAUAGUCGGAUAGUUGUCUUUCUCUGGAUCUAGAGCCACAGACUGACUCCGGGAUGCCUUCUAAUGUACAAGGAGGGAAAGCCUUCGGACUGUUGAAGGAGCAGCAGCGGUCCAAACUGGAGGAGAUCAACAAGGAAUACCUGGAAGACCAGAAAUACAGGGAUGAAGAGGACCUGGCCGAAAAAUUGGAAGGUCUCAAAAAUAAAUAUUCUGAGUUUGACCUGAAUGACCAAGGAGAGAUCGAUAUGAUGGGUCUGAUGAUGAUGGAGAAGCUGGGGGUGCCCAAGACCCACUUGGAGUUGAAAAAAAUGAUUGUUGAGGUGACGGGCGGCGGCAGCAGCAACACUAUCAACUACAGGGACUUUGUCAAGAUGAUGCUGGGCAAGCGUUCAGCUGUGCUCAAAACUAGUCUUAAUCUUUGAGGACAAAGCCAACGGCGCUGCCUGCAAACCAGACGGACCCCCUCCAAAGCGGGACAUUGCUAGCCUGCCUUAAGCUAGGCCGUCAGCCUCCCAGCCUGCUGGUGAAGCAGAGGAACCAUGGGCGUUCUCUUUAACAUGUGGAGUGUUGUAUUAGUGUGGGACCAGUGAUGGAGGAUGUUCUGUUGUGAUAUACGAUGUGUGCAAGGGUGUUUGUUAUUCAGAAAGACUGAGCCCACAACUCACUACAUGAUGGACUGUGAAUAUUAUCAUUCAUCUUUUUUUCCUUUAAUUGAAAUGUAGCAUCGGUAGUUGAACAUGUAAUCUGCUAGAUAAAUUCCAUUUUGUAGUGAGUGUUUCAUGGUUCUAUUUUAAGGGGAAGACAUCUAAAUUCUCCAGAGGUUGUUUUUUCCCUUCUUUGAUUCUUCAUUUAGCGAGAGGAGGAUGCUUUUGGAGAAGCACAAGGAAAAGAAGCAGUUUUCCCAACACAUUUUUGCACUGUCCUCUCAGUGGGUUCAGAUGGAUUCUUGCCAGGCUAAUCUUGGUCAGCGUCUCGCUUUAGAUCAGGUGCCAGAGAUUACAGGCCCAGCCCAUUUCCUCUGGGUCAAAGUCAUCAGCCGUUGGGCCAAAAUACUGAUCUGGAAUCAGUAACUAGGUUAUCAUGGCCACCUUUUGAUCUGAAAAGCAUGUUUUUGUAGAUGUUCUGCUCUGCGUUUUUUAAUCUCAACUGUGUGAGUGAAUAAGAGAUCAUGUUGACGCAUGGACGUUCAGUUUCGUAUGUGGCUUGAAUAACAGCAGAAUCUGUAAGGUUAAGCACAUGUUAGUUUUGGAAGGCGUGUGAUUUACCACACAAGCGUAACAAAUGUACAUAAUAUACUCCACACCGUACAAUCAUAUUCUUUCCAAGUGCCUCAACAUGCAGAUACUGUAGAGCUUAAACACAGCGACUGAGAAGGGGGAGUGCACACGAGUGUUCAGUUCCAGCAGUCUUCUUAGCUUACUAAUUCCAGAAAAAAGGUGAACUAAUGUUUGUUAUUUGGUGAGAUAGUUUUCGAUGAUGUGUGAUGGGAUUAUAUUGGAUCUGGUGUUUCCACAACAAUUCUGACUGAGUGACGUUCACAAGUGGUGGCUUUUUAAAUGUAUUUUAUUCCUUUUUCUUACCAUUUUUUUACGUCACCGCAAGCGUUUAAACCUGUUUGUUGGGUGAUUUGACUGUUUAGGUUACGCUAUACUUCAUACAUGUGUUAUUAGUUUCUCUUUGUCUUGGAUUCACCCUCCCCUCCCCCACAUGUUUUCCAUCAGCUAACCAGCCCUCUCUGGGUUCAUUGUCCUGUGAAUUCUGUAAUGUGUGCCUCCUCUACUCACGCUACUUACUGUGAAUUUGGUACUUGUAGUAUUUUUAACCCACUUAACAUGUUUUGAAAACUCUUCUUUGUUUCCAGUCUGAUAGGUACAUUAACAUUUUAAUGUUGUUAAGAUGCACAUUGUUUGCAGACACCAAAGGAAGUUAAAAUAUUCUUACACGACUUGGCCUGUUAAUUGUUUAUGGCUGUAAUGGAGAGCUCUUUUUAAACUCUGGACCUAAUUUUGACCUGGGGUGAAUAAUAAGUUUAAUAGGUAUAAGAAUAGUGUUUAAUUGUGGUUAUUAUUUCACUUGUGAACACCAGUGUUUGUUCAGAACACAUUUCCACUCUUCUGUUUAUAGCAGGAGAUUGACGUACUAGAUGGAGAGGGAGAUUUAGUCACAUUAAUGCCUUUAAUGCAGCCCAUUGUGUUGUAUAUGAAGGUGAGUGGCGUGUUUUGGCUAUCAGUGCUGAUGAACAUAAAGGUGAACCUUGUGCAUUAUUCAUUUUGCAAUUGAGAAAAUCUCAGUUUUGCAUGAUCCAUCGUCCUCAUUCAUUCACAGGGAAGACAUAAAUAGUGUGUGAAUCUUUGGAUGUGACAACAGGUUAUAAUAAUGCUUUCAUUCCAUAUUUGUCCUCAUGAACUUUUGCUAAAUGUACGUGCAGCUGUGUGCAGACAGACUCUGGAGCAAUAAAUGUUUUUCAUGAAAAAGUCAA